UAUACGUUCCCACCUCGUGAGCAUCCGUAGUAUGCAUACUGCGCAUGUGUACUGGACAACCGUUGCAUGUGGAUGUUUUUAGCUGAGCACAUGUGUGUUCACUGUUGGCGACUUUGUGUACCGGUUUAAAUACAUGAAAUGGCAAAGACACGCUCUACAAGGCUCAGCAAAAGGCAAAGUCUAACUGUGGGAGAAGAGGACAGGGUUAAGCAUGAGGAUCAGGCUGAGACUGUCCCUGACAGUGAGCUGAAGAGUACAGAAGUGGAGAUUAAAAUGGAGGAUAAGGGAGAUAAACAAGAUCUUCAGAUGAACAUAGAAGUGAAAGGCAACACCCCCACAGUAACUGUGUCUUGGGAGGAGAAGAAUAUGGCAAAAGAGGGCGAGGAAAUGAAAACAGAAGCUUGUGAAAAUGAUCAGAUGAUGGGCAGUGAAAAACAGAGUCAGACCAUCGCCUCAGCUGGUUCUGCUCAAGGUCCUGACGGUAUUCCAGAGGCAGAAGUGAAUCAAGGGGUGAAAGAAGAAUCUCAGAACCUCACCCAGAGUACCCCAGCUGUAGCUACGCCCAGGAAGAGAAAACGUAAAAGAGGAAAGGGUGAUGGUAUCAAGAAGGAAUCUAAUGGAAAUGAGAAUAUAGUGGAAAAACCGACGCCAACCUCAGCUGGUUCUGCUCAAGUUCCUGACAGUAUUCCAGAGGCAGAAAUGGAUGGUGUAGAAGAAUGUCAGAACCUCACCUUAAGUGAAGACAAUGAAAGCACCCCAGCUGUAGCUGCGUCCAAGAAGAGAAAACGUAAAAGAGGAAAGGGUGAUGGUAUCAAGAAGGAAUCUAAUGAAAACGACGAGACAGUGGUGAAUGGAAAACGGAAGGCAGAGCCCACCACCGAGACUUCGCCUACGAAGAAACCUAAGCUCAUUAAUGAUGGAUUCUGUGUUUAUGUUGGAAAACUUAACUCUUCUAAAAAGUACGAUGAAGUCAAAGAUUCUUUAGCAAAAUACUUAAUGACACAAAGCCUUCUGUUUCAAGAAAUCCGACUAGACCGAUCAAGAAAACAUGCAUUUGUGGAUUUGGCCUCGGAAAUGGACCUGACUAAAGCUUUGACACUCAAUGGAGAGACAGUCCUUGAUAAGCCAAUGGUGAUCGCCAAAGCAAAGGUAAAAAUUGAGGGGGAAGAGAAGGUUAAAGGUCCCCCAAUGGAAAAAAAAGACAAAGAUGCCAGAUGGCCAAGCCAAGGGAUUGCUUUUGUGGAGUUUAAAAAUAAAAAAAUAGCUGAGAAAUUCCUUGAGAAAAAACAAGGAACUAAGAUCCAAGACCGGGUUUUGAUUGUGGACACUGUAGGGGAAGCUCAAAAAGCCAAUACCGACAAUAACAGAGAAAAUGUUGAAGCUGCUCCAUCAGACGCCUUAUUUGUGAGCAAUUUACCAUUCAAUAUUACAGAAAGGCAGCUUAAAGCUGUCUUUCAGGAAGCCGUAAGCUUCACCACACCUAAGAGCAGGGGAAAAGCUAAAGGAUAUUCAUUUGUAAAGUUUCCGACCGUCGCCGACGCCGAAAAGGCCCUGCAGUCAGCCCAAAAUAUUAAGAUCAGCAAUAGGACGCCCAAAGUGCAAUUCUGUGACGGGAGACCAAAACCGGAGAUCGAAACAGUCCAGUCAAAAACCCUGAUCGUGGUGGGCCUUGCCGAGAAGACUACACCCGAGACCCUAAAAAUUGCCUUUGAAGGAGCCCUCAGUGCCAGAAUCCCCACGAAUAAGGAAACAAAGAGGUUUGGUUUUGUUGAAUUUGAGAGUGAAGAACACUGCAGAGCUAUCAAAGAGGCCAUGGAGGACUGUGAGAUAGAUGGCCGAAAAGUGACGGUGGCCUACGCAAAACCCAAGGGUGCAAAAGAAGUUCCAGUUGGCAGAAGGGGCCUGCCGGGGCGGUUGUCAGCAGCAGGAGCCAACAGAGGGGGGAAAAUGAAAGGAGGAGGACGUAAAACUGGUGCUUCACAGAAAGCUGUUAAAAAAGUCAAAUGAGUGUGAGAACUAACCUGGAUUGGGGAAUUACCACAACACGUUUCUCAAAUGUUUCAAACUGGAGCGUAAAAUAAAUCUCAUGUUGCUUUUAGCUCGGUGGUUGCAAAACGUGCUCCAUAUAGCCUUUAUAUUUCCAGUAUUUGUAUGGAUGACUUCUUGAAAUUGAAUCUUCUCAAUUUGUAUUGUGAUGCACAUUUGGAAUCAAAUAAUGUAAUUUCUUACUUGUAAGAAAAAGUUCAUUAAAACCAAACUUGCUUUUAAGCAGAAUUUGUGAAUACUGGCAUUUUUUGGGUCAGUAAUUGUAAAAUGGAACUGAAAACAGUAAAAAAAUAAAUAUACUUGGACCCUGAUCCCUCUUUUUCUAAAAACUGUAAUUUAUGGUCAUGACUUGACUAAUGUUCUGCUUUUUUCCCCCUUCGGGAUGAAUAGGGUUUUCUCCUUAAGCCUAUGAAACACCACCAAAGCCAAAUUGGA